UUAUAGCAGCCACUCCUGCCUCCAUUAAACACGACACACGACGAAGCUUCUUUGAUAGGCAUAGGAAGGUCACUAGGAAAGAUCCAAGAGUUAUCAAGACGGUAUAUCAAGAAGAGAAACCCAACUUGCAAAAUCAUAACCGAAAAUGGAUACAUAUGAUCCAAUGUCAAAGUUCUACAAUUAUAGAUCAGUAGACUCACCUGAUAUCGAUUAUGAUGUCCCAAACCAGCAAAAUUCUGGAUUUUUUGACGAUUUUCUCCCUUUCGAUGAUUGGAUAAAUGAAGAUCAAGAACCCAUUGUUCCUGAACAUCAAGAUUAUACUGAAGUUUACGCUCCAGCUUUUGUUGAUAAUGGAAGUUGGUCCUCUGGAGGCACUAUUAGCCAUCACCUUCAUGGAAAUAGUAGUGGUGGGACUGGAACUGUACACGCUCAAAAGGGUAAAAAAGAAAAAGUCGCCUUCAAAACGAAAUCACAGGUAGAGGUCCUAGAUGACGGCUUCAAGUGGAGGAAGUACGGAAAGAAGAUGGUGAAAAACAGCCCGAACCCAAGGAAUUAUUACCGGUGUUCAGCAGAAGGAUGUUCCGUGAAAAAGAGAGUCGAAAGAGAUGUAGAGGAUGCACGAUAUGUAAUCACGACCUACGAGGGCAUCCAUAACCAUCAACGUCCUUCUAACUUCUGAUAACAUGUAUCACAAUGAGCUCCUGUAUGCAAAGGCAGAAUAGUUUUUCUAAGCUUACUCACUCGCUAGCUUAUUGAAAAGUAGGGAGCAUUUUUAAGUUUUCUUUGGAAAGAAGAAAGUUGUAUUGCUGUUACUUUUUUCCUUCGACCAGCCAAGAUUAUGAAUCUUUCUAGAAUAUAAAUGAUUUUACUUGAUGUUAUGCAUGAAAAGGGCAACUCUUAUGCACCAUCUUUGUAUGUA